UCGCAAGUCUCCUGCUGCAGGUGUCCCGUGAUCCAGUGUUCUUCCUCGCAGCUCCAGCUCCUCAGGCAAAUGGCUCGCCUCACCUACAUCGUCGUCCUCGUGCUCCUGGCCCUUUCCGCCCGCUGGGGAUCCUCCGGAGCCAUGGCCCUGCCGGAUGAGGAGCGCUAUGUGCGCAAGGAGUACAACCGGGAUCUGCUCGACUGGUUCAACAAUGUGGGCCAGUUUAGUCCCGGCCAGGUGGCCACUCUAUGCCGCUAUCCCCUGAUCCUGGAGAACUCCUUGGGCCCAUCCAUUCCCAUCCGGAAACGCAACUCGGAGCUCAUCAACUCGCUGCUCAGUCUGCCCAAGAACAUGAACGAUGCGGGCAAGUAAAGAUGGGAUUAGAUCCGAAUACGUUGACGGAAUCGGAAUCGGAAGGCCCGCACCAUUGGAACCACGGAACCUGGACAAGAACCUAUUAUUUAAUCUUAUAUCUUUUGUUUUUUUGGUGCGUCGAAGGAAUAUGAAAAUCCGCAGAGUUGAGCUGGUGUAGUCUAAUAGAGAGCAAAGACCGUAUGAAUUUUGUUGCUUUAAAAAUAUAUAGAGAAAUAUACAAAUAGCAAAUCUUAGAAA